AUGGGCCAGGAGAGUUUAUUAAAGAGUUUGUCAAGAGAAGAAGGGGAUUUUCUCGCGGUCAAGGAACAGUUUUUGCUUGAAAAGACCCUAGCAUCAGACCCAGAUUUAAGCAAACUGGUUUCAAACGCAAUUUUGCCCCAUUUAAGGCCAGUCCAAGGUUUUCUGUCGCAUCACCGUUUCUCCAUAGGUUCCUUCUUGUCCCACGAGUCCAUCGUCGAAAGUCUCGCAUAUGACUUAGACACCCGCGACAUUACAAAUGCUCUACUGCCGAAUUAUCAAAGAAUCAAGUGGCUUAUGGGGGUGCGAAACAUAGACUGUGGGAAGGAAAAAAAGACUGGCCUUCUCAGCGAUUGCUUACAGCUUUUAAUUAUUUCUCACUUUACGUUUCGAGCCGAUGACAGCGACACAGUUCAAACAUUGACAGAAAAGUGGAUAUCACACUUCAUUAGAAAUGAGGUUCUCUUGUCCUUCGACAAGAAAUCUCAGCUAUUGAAAUUGUUGGCGGAGUAUACCAAUCAUGCAACUGAAAGGCCCCUUUUGUUACUCUCCAAAAUAUGCAGUUAUCACUGGCGCGUUAUCUGGAUGGUAGUAAACCUUAAAAUUCAUCGCCAACAAUUUGAUGUCGCCGCCUUGAUCAUUAAAGAUUUGAUGCGGCUUAUAGAAAUUUCUCUCAUUCGCUUUAUCGAGCAUUCCAAAGGAGUGGGGACAUUUUUCAAGCGUCCAUGUGCUGCUCAUGAAAAGAUAUAUCAGGAAAGGCUCAGCAAGCUCAAUUAUAAAAGAAUCGUCAGCAAUUCGAAAAGCAUGCAAACUUUGGACGAAACUCAAGCGACCCAGCGCCAAAAAAUGAUUAUUGAAUGUUUAUUAACUGUUUUGGGGCAUAUCGAAUGGACCAAGCGGUUUCAGAUCUUCGUGUGUGAAAAUCAAGAUCUGCAUCUCUACUUUGACAAAUAUCGAGUUUAUCUUUUGAGCGGCAGUCUAAUGAGCAAAGAUACUGAAAUAAUUGCCAAGGUAAGAAAGGUGCGUUGGCCAACGUUUGCAUUGACGUGCUCCAAAUAA